UUUUUGUCAAUCUAAUCUUAUGGAAACAACACGUGUCAGACUUCCACGUCCCAGAAACUUAAAUACAGCCAAUAAUGCUCAUUUUGACAACAAUACAAGAAGAAUAGCAACAAUUCAAAGAUAUGCAUUCCCUAAUAUUACUCCUCCUUCUAUGGUGCAAUCUCAACGCAGAGCCUAUACACAACAUUUUCAACAGCAGCAGCAGCAUCAACAACAUCAACAGCAACAAGCAAUGCAUGCAUCUCAAUUUAUAGGAGACCAUACUGGCCUUGUUACGCCUGUCAAACCUGUUUAUAAAUUAAUGUGUAGACAUUGCACAACCACUGUUUGUACUCGAGGAAUGAAAGCUAUUUUACUAGCAGAUACUACCAUCGAACUUUAUAGUACAGACACCCCUUCUCAAUGUAUACAUGUCUUGGAAAAAGACUAUUUAACAAGAUCAUGUCAUUGUAGAAUUCGAGAUGUGGCAUGCUUGGAAUGUGGUAAUGUCAUUGGUUAUCAUGUCGUGUCGCCUUGUUCUCAAUGCUUGGAUGCCUGCAAUAACGGACAUUUUUGGAUGUUUCAUUCAAGUGCAUGUCAGCCUGCCGAAAGGCAUGACAAAAAUAAGCAAAUUAUGUUGUGGAAUAAUUUGCCUAGAGCUGAAAUGGACAUGGAAUUUAUUAUGGGAGCGCGAGUUCCUUAUGACCAACUUUGUAGAUAACAUAUAUUAGAUUUUUUACCCUUGAUACAAUAGAACUUGGCAUUUUAUAGCCAUAUAAAGAGAUACAGAAAAGAAAAAACAAGCGCCUAUAAACAUCAAUAAAACAAUAAUAACAAUGUAGAAAAAA